GUGGCCGAGGACAUCCAGAGCGGCCGCGACGCGGCCGUGGCUGACUUCUGGGACGGCUUCCGGGACGUCGCCGAGUGCGCGCGAGGAGGGCGGUGCCUGCUCGCGGCCGAGUCCCUCUUCCGGUGCGAGCAGUUCUUCUAUCAGACGGGGAUGGAGAUCCCCUUCCUGCGGCCGAUGUCCGUGUGGGUGAACGCCACCUACCAGCCCAUGCCAGUCGAGGGUGCGAGAGGGGAAGUGCUGGUGCACAGCCGGGGGCGGCUGAAGUACGAGACGUUCUUUAUCAAGGGCGUGCAACGUAUGGCUGGGCCGGAGUUUCGCUUCGACAUUGUGGGCCAGGAGGGCCGCAUCGUGCCGUUCCGUGAGAUAGCCGGGUUCCACGCGGUGGUCGUGUUGCCCUGGUCGCCGGAGAUUUGCAUGUUGCGCCACCUGUUCAAGAUGAGGGUGCCCAUUUUCGUCCCAGACAGGUCAUUGCUCCGGAACCUCGUGCACGUCUCCAACAGGUCGGCCGUGGCGGAGGCCCACGAGUUCGACCCUUUUUUGGACACGGCGCGCCCCGCCGGCGACAUGGUUGGCCUGGAGGCGCGCGCCUACUGGGCGGAGUUCUCGGAGUACCUGCUGCUGCCGGCGCUGCACCGCUUCGCGGGCGCCGCCGAGCUGCUCGCGGCGCUGCACCGCAUGCGGG